AUGCCAAAUAAUCAACAAUAUGAUAUCAAAUGCUUAGAUCAUCCCAAUAAAGAUAUAAUUUCAAUAUGCUCAACUUGUCUAAAUAACACUCCUGUAUGUAUUGAUUGUAUUACAGGUAUACACAGCGGUCAUAAUUUUAAAAGCAUUGAAGAUGAUAAUAUUAGAAAUCAAAUACAACAAGAGUUUAAAAAUCAAACAAUACCAAAACUAAAUGACUAUUUAGAAAAUAAUAAAAAAAUAUUGGAUGAAUCAAACAAUCACUUUAAACAAAUUCAAGAAAACAAUAAUAAUAAUUUUGAUAAAGCUUUAAAAAUAUUUAAUGAAUUAAAAGAAAUUAUCAAUGCAAAAGAAAAUGAUAUCAAAAGAUUAUUAAAAACUAAAUUUGACGAAAAUAAAGAUGUAAAUAAUAUAAUAACAACAAUAGAAAACAAUAAUAAUAUAGUUAAUAAUGCUAUUAAAUAUAAUAAUGGUGUUAAUAAUAAUAAUUAUAUUAAUGAAUUUAUUAAACUUUUAAAACACAAUCAUCAAUGUAACAAUCUUUUAUCAAAUAUAAAUAAUAAUAACUUACCAGAAUAUAAAGAUAAUCAAUUAAUAGUUAAAGAAAAUAAUCUCGAUUCAAUCAAAGAUCUGACAAACAGUUAUUUAGAAGUAAUUGAUUUAAAAACAAUAAAAUUAUUUAAUUUUAAUUUUACAAUUUAUGAAGAAGGGUAUGAUAUUAGUCAUUUAGAAAUUAUAUUCCUUGCAAUUGGACCUAUCCAAUGUUUACCCAAGACUAUUCCGACAACAGUUACCAGUUUAUUAUUACAAGAUGGCUUUUAUCUACCACUUGAUUUUAUACCACCCACCGUACAAUGCUUAUCUCUACAAAACAUAAAGUAUCAAUUAAAACCUGAUUCAAUUCCAGCAACAGUUAAAUGUUUAUAUUUACUAGAUGGCUUUAAUCAAUCACUUGAUUUUAUACCACCCACCGUAGAAUUUUUGUUUUUUGAAAACAUCAAGUAUCAAUUAAUACAUGACACAAUUCCAGCAACAGUUAAAAGCUUAUAUUUACAUGGUGGAUUUGAUCAACCACUUGAUUAUAUACCACCCACCGUAGAAAGUUUGUUUUUAGAAAACAUCAAGUAUCAAUUAAAACCUGACUCAAUUCCAGCAACAGUUACACAUUUAUAUUUACAAGAUGGCUUUGAUCAACCACUUAGUUUUAUACCACCCACAGUACAAUACUUGUAUUUAAAAAACAUCAAGUAUCAAUUAAUACCUGAUUCAAUUCCAGAAACAGUUACAGAGUUUACUUUACUUGAUGGCUUUAAUCAACCACUCGAUUUUAUACCACCCACCACACAAUUCUUGUAUUUAGAAAACAUCAAGUAUCAAUUAACACCUGAUUCAAUUCCAGCAACAGUUACAUAUUUAUCUUUACUUGAUGGCUUUAAUCAACCACUUGAUUUUAUACCACCCACCGUAGAAAGUUUGGAUAUAAGAAACAUCAAAUAUCAAUUAAAACCUGAUUCAAUUCCAAAAACAGUUAAACACUUACAUUUACAUGAUGGCUUUAAUCAACCACUUGAUUUUAUACCACCCACCGUACAAACUUUGUAUUUAAAAAACAUAAAGUAUCAAUUAAAACCUGAUUCAAUUCCAGAAACAGUUACAACUUUAUCUUUACUUAAUGACUUUGAUCGACCACUUGAUUUUAUACCACCCACAGUAGAAUGCUUGAAUAUAAGAAACAUCAAAUAUCAAUUAAAGCCUGAUUCAAUUCCAGAAACAGUUAAACACUUAUAUUUACAAGAUGGCUUUAAUCAACCACUUGAUUUUAUACCACCCACCUUACAAUACUUGUAUUUACAAGACAUCAAUUAUCAAUUAAAACCUGAUUCAAUUCCAACAACAGUUAAACACUUAUAUUUACAAGAUGGCUUUGAUCAACCACUUAAUUUUAUACCACCCACCGUACAAUACUUGUAUUUACAUAACAUCAAAUAUCAAUUAACACCUGAUUCAAUUCCAGCAACAGUUACAUAUUUAUCUUUACUUGAUGGCUUUAAUCAACCACUUUAUUUUAUACCACCCACCGUACAAUUUUUGUAUUUACAAGACAUCAAAUAUCAAUUAACACCUAAUUCAAUUCCAGCAACAGUUAAACAAUUAAUUUUAAAAGAUGGCUUUAAUCAACCACUUAAUUUUAUACCACCCACCGUAGAAUGUUUGGGUAUAAGAAACAUCAAAUAUCAAUUAAAACCUGAUUCAAUUCCAGCAACAGUUAAACACUUAUAUUUACUUGAUGGUUUUAAUCAACCACUUGAUUUUAUACCACCCACCGUACAAUGCUUGUAUUUACAAGACAUCAAAUAUCAAUUAACACCUAGUUCAAUUCCAACAACAGUUAAACAUUUAUGUUUAGAUGAUGACUUCGAUCAACCACUUGAUUUUAUACCACCCACCGUAAAAUGGUUGUAUUUAAAAAACAUCAAAUAUCAAUUAAAACCUGAUUCAAUUCCAAAAACAGUUACACAUUUAUAUUUACAAGAUGGCUUUAAUCAACCACUUGAUUUUAUACCACCCACCGUACAAAGGUUGUAUUUACAUAACAUCAAAUAUCAAUUAACACCUAAUUCAAUUCCAGCAACAGUUAAACACUUAUAUUUACAAGAUGGCUUUAAUCAACCACUUGAUUUUAUACCACUCACCGUACCAUGGCUAUAUUUACAUAACAUCAAGUAUCAAUUAAUACCUGGUUCAAUUCCAAAUCAUUUAUCUUUUAUUAUAUUUGAUGAUGGUUUCUCUCAACGCUUUACAAAAGGUAUUAUCCCUGACUCUGUAACUUAUAUUUAUUUAGGUGAUGUGGUCUAUCCUUUGGAACCUGACUCCAUUUCAAACCCCGAUCAAAAAAUUGAAUAUCGUUCCAACUACAAACAUCCAAAAUAA